AAAUGCUUCGUUGGAAAAUACUUAAAAUUCAAGCAAUUGAUUUUGCUUUCGGCAUGUCUCUGGAAUGGUGCCAAACGUAAACGCCCGUUAUUUUAAGUCGUUUGCACUAUUAUCACACUCGUUUGGCACAUAAUCACCACUUCACUUCACUUCUUGAAAUCAUUUUGUUUUCUUUCCCUUUUUACCUUUUUAAGAACCACGUGUUGUCAUAGCUACAACCAUUGUUGUAAAGGCGAUAUUUUCGGCCCGGUAUUCAGUUUUAUACUGUAUGCGGCCAAUAUACUAUUUGCACUUGACAUUUUCAACCAAAUUUUUUCAACAAAUACUCGCAAACUGUAAAACAGAUGACAAUAUUCCACGACUUUUUCCUUGUUGGGUUCGCAGGAAAACACCUUGUCGAAAUUAUUACAAUAUUUUUUAUUCACAUUGCUGGCAAUUAACGGAAAUACAAUAACAAGAGCAAGACAUUAUCUUCAGUGACAUCUUGGUUGCAUUGGUUCGACACAAACGGACUAGCUUUAUACAUCAAGCCGAAUGACCGGCGCUGAAUGCAGAUAUCAUCAGCGGCAUAAAAGAGGCUAGCUAUCAUUUGGUGGCGGAAACUGUGACAUUUUGCCAUCAGGAAGGGAUAUCGUGAAUUGAAAGCCAGAAAAUCAUUUUUUUUUUUUUACGGAAGCAAUAACGUCAGCAUUAUAAACUGGUUUUAACUCAAGAGCUUGACCAGUAGAUUACAGGAUAUCUGCAACAAAGCUUGUCCGAAUAUGUUGAAUUUUUCGUCGAAUUUUAGUCAUGUCAACACAACUGUGUUUAUCUAUGGACAAGAAGAAGGAAUACUUCAAGCGGUUUUUCUUGGUAUUAUUGUCGUGUUUGGCAUCGCUGGAAAUCUAUACAUCUGCAGCGUUGUUUACAAAAACAAGAAUUUGAGAAAUCCAACUUUUAUUUUCCUUUUUAAUCUUGCUAUAGCAAACAUUGGAGCGCUGAGCAUGUGUACUCCGUUCGCAUUCAUCAACAGUAUUCGUAGAAGAUUUACAUUGGAACAGCACUGGUGCCUCGUAAAUGGAUUUCUGAACAAUUUAUUCUUCUGCAUUUCGAUUUUUACCUUGUCUCUGAUCGCCGCUCAAAACUAUUUCACAAUUGUGAAGCAACCAUCUUGUGAAUGGCUCCAGAUUACGAAAAAAAGAGCGAAGUACCAUUUGAUAGGUCUUUGGACUCUUUGUCUCGUUUUUUCGUUAAUAUCGCUAGGUCCUUUCGAAAAUUGGAGUUACGUUGUAUUUAACCCGACUACGGCACAUUGUGGAAUAGCUUUUCCUGAUACAUUAGAAGACAAAUUGAAACUGGGAUUUCUUGCUCUGAUCGCAUUUAUUAUUCCAGUUUUAAGUAUGUCUCUCGCGUAUUGUCGAAUCUAUUUGAAAGUCAGUUCACACGAAGGAACAAUCAACCAAAGCAUAAAACGCCGACCUAAUCAGCUCCUUGCUGUUAGUAGGAAACUCGCGGUCACGCUGUGUCUUAUGUUUGGAACUUUCCUUAUCUGCUGGUUGCCGUUUUUCGUUUUGAUUGCACUAGCGGUCACCUUUAACGACGCCUCAAAUCUGCCACGUUACCUUGGCCGUAUUGCUUAUUGGACUGGAUAUCUCAAUUGCGCCAUUAACCCGUCCUUAUAUUGUUUGCGCUCGUCAGCCUUCAAAGACGUGAUUCGCCGGCGCUCGUCGUCUAGCGGAGAAGUUACAAACAAAACAUUUAAUAGCCGUCAGAGAGCAUUCUCUAUGCCCGCGAUAUCAGCUACCUUCAAGCGUCCUACAGUCAAAAAGAUGGAGAGACAAAGCUUUCCGUACACUGGGCGACCCGUGGGUUGGUUGCAAGAACUUGGAGUAAGUGCCGAGUUACACGUUGUUCGCUUGCGAGCCUUUUCCUGUUCUAGUUAUGAAUUAAAGGAGAAAGAACACCCAGAGAUAAAUGAAGAAAGAAAUACAGUGCUGUGCCGCGAAAAACCGAUCAGCGUGGAUGGCGUUCAAUUUGUCAGUGGAAAUAAUGGAUGUCAAUUAUGCGAGAGAGAUUUUAAAAGAACAUCUAUGACGUCCCAAGGACAACGUAUAAACCAAGAACUGAUCGAACCUAAUUUACCGACGGAAGCGGAAAGCCCUUGAGAUUGUAUUGUAACAUAUCAAAGAUAUAGCGCCUGAAUUAAUGGAAUAAUUUUGCCGAUACAUAAGUUACAUUAACUGCUUAUCACAGUUAUCAGUUUCCGCAGAUAUUGUACAUGGAAAUACAUCAAAAUUCGCUCUUCGUGAAGACCUUUUUGUUCCAAAAGUCAUGCAAACAUCAUUUUCGUAUUUCUGGCUCAAGAAACACACACUAAUUAACCUGAGAACGAAGGGAGUUUAUACAGAUAAGAGAGCCGCUUUAUAUCUGGUUUAUCAAAAAUGUCGCGUCUUCAACCCUUUUAUGUCUCCCCUGAUUCCUGCUCAGACUAACAUGAUGUCAGUGAGUUCAGUCCGCCUCACAG